GUUACACGGAACCACCGGUCUGCUCUAUAUAAACCCUCAGCUCGACCAUAGUAUCGGUAUUCAGGCAGACAAGCUUGUAGUCGACGAUGGCGCUUCUACCGGACUAUGACGCACUCACAAAGCGGCUCACUGCUACCCUCGUCACUCUCGACCCUAGCGGUGUCCUCACCAUCCUCAUCAACCGUUCCAAAGAACGCAACACCUAUGUCGGGCCGCUCCAACUCGAGCUCAUCGAGCUCUUCGGUCUCGCAGACAAGGACGACCGAGUCCGCGUCGUAAUCCUCACAGCAGAACACACCGCUCCCGCUUUCUGCUCAGGUGCCGACAUCUCCAAAGGCUGGGACAUCCUCUGGACCCCCGAGACCGAAGCCGAAGGCGAGCACGCCCACCGCGACGGCGGCGGCCAACUCACCCUCGCCAUCCUCGCCUGCCGCAAAAUCACCAUCGUCGCCAUAAACGGCCACACCGCCGGCGUCGGCACAACCGCCCUCCAGCUCCCCUUCGACUUCCGCUUCAUCUGGGCCGGCGCAAAACUCACCUUCCCCUUCAUCCGCCGCGGAAUCGUCCCCGAGGCCGUCUCAAGUUACUUGCUCCCGAAGUUGAUUGGGUUGUCGAGGGCGACGAGUGUGCUGUUGACGGGUGGGACGAUCUCCCCGACGUCCCCGCAUGUGUCGUUGUUGUACCACCAGAUUGUGGAGAAGAGGGAGGACGUGUACCCCGAGGCGUUCAAGUUGGCGAAGGAUCUGGCGGAGAAUACGUCCCAGACGUCGGUCGCGUAUGCAAAGGCACUGUUGCACCACCCUGGCGACUCACCCGAGGAGAACCACCUCUUGGACUCCCGUGCCAUCCGGAUCUUGGGCAAGUCGAACGACGCAAAGGAGGGUGUACAGGCGUUCUUUGAGAGGAGGAAGCCAAAGUUUACCGAUACACUUUCGAAGAACCUUGGACCUUGGUAUCCAUGGUGGAGGAGGGUGGACAUCAAGCACGUCAAGAGCAAGCUCUGAAUGUCCAGAAUCAAGGUUUCCUCGUUAUUUCUCAUGGUGUAAAUUAAAUGGUAUUGUGUACAUCUAUCUUGCAAAUUCAACCAAGCACAACU